AUGGGUCUAAGCCAAUUGCUAUACCUUUUUACUUUCCUGGGGGCUACUUCAAUUCUUUUUCUGAUUUCUGAACUACUCCUUCCUGCACUACUUCUCCACGAGAACUCACACCUACGGAACUUGGCAUACACGCCACGUUCUCUCAAGGUCUACUAUUUUCUGAUCAUGAGCACUCUCCUCUAUGUUUCUGGAUCUCAUCACGGUAUUGUCAAUACCGGAAUGAUUCAGACUCGCACUAAAACCUCUGCUUAUGAGAGUCAUGAAUACUAUACAGCGGGGACUGGGGACGGGAACGGGGACGGGGAGCGGGGACUGGGGACGGGGACGGGGACUGGGGACUGGGGACCUGGGACUGGGGACGGGGAUGGGGACGGGGACGGGGGCGGGGAGCGGGGGCGGGGAGCGGGGAGCGGGGACUGGGGACUGGGGACUGGGGACGGGGGACGGGGACGGGGACGGGGACGGGGACGGGGGCGGGGGCGGGGGCGGGGAGCGGGGAGCGGGGAGCGGGGAGAGCGGGGAAGAGCUAAAACCGACGUAGUUUAG